AUGUUCUACAGCCACGAGAUCCUUUGCAACAGCCAGUAUGGCGUCGCGACGAUCUGGCUCGCGGCAACGGUGGCCAAAGGCAACGCGGCCGGCAAAGGCGGCCUGCGUCCUUUGACCAGAAAGGCCGUGCAAGGAGUCAAUGUCCCGAAAGCGUGUGCCACCAUCAUCGAUCCUGGAGCACCCCUUGCGCUGCGCCUGCAGAGCAGUCUUCUGUUUGGCGUCUCGCGCGUCUUCGCCCAGCAAUGCACAUACGUCCUCGCCGAUGCUGAGAAGAUCCAGUCCGACAUGAUGACCUUCUUCCGCGUGCUCCAGACGAGCGAACUUGACCCGCACGCCGGCAAGACUAAGCGCCACAACAUUGUUCUGGAAGACGACCCUUCCUUUGACUUGUUCAACGCACUGCCCAACUUGGACUUUCUUCGCGGCAGCGUGGAUAAUCUCAUUGGAGUGCCGAGCCAGGGCUCCACGAACAAGUACUCGCAGAUGACUCCGCGCCGCCAGAGCCAGUCCAGCCUUUCGUCUCUGAGCAACCCAGCUCUGCUGCCGUUCGACCUCCCGUCCUCUUUGUGCGCGGGCAGUUUCCAUCUUCCCUCCGAGUUUGGACACCGAGACUCGCCUCUUGCAGGCAAAAGCCGUGAUCAAGACAACAUGCCGGAAUUCAUGCCUUUUGUGGACGACGAAUUGGAUCCCAUUCCAAAUGUCAGCCUUGAUUUUGACGGCGAUGGCAACCUCCUGGGUAUCUUUGAUCAGGAGCCCGAAUUACCUCCUCUUCCCGAUUUUCCUGGCGAUGAGUGGCAGCUGGAUCAAGGCAGAGCGGGUGUAACUGGCGAAGCCGAGGUGCAGCCGUUUCUCCCACUCGGAGCUGAACAGGAGUUCGGCAUGGGCGAGGCCGUACUUCCAAACGACGAAGUGUUCGUCCCACGUCAGGCAACCAAGGAACCACGCACCGAGUCUUACACCAAGACCUCUCAAACAACAGACACGGAGCAAGUGUCGGCUCACAACCAACGCAUUCGCCGCCGAAGGCCAGCCUCAAUGGUAGACGGGACCGCACACCUUCCUCGACAGGACCUGCGCAACUGGGAUGCCAACUACGCGGAGAACAUGGAACGCGAAACGAGUCGCAAGCGCCAGAAGAAAAUCACCCCGACCCAGGCCAGAAAGAAUGCCCUUGCACUGAUCUAUGGCAAUAGAAUUGCCAAUGUCGGUCUCGUCAAGGGCGUGCUCGGCAUCACUCACCCUCUAGCAGAGGAUUUCGCCGGCCGCACGCUCGAAGCUCGCCUUCACGGACUCAAUCCUGAAGACCUUGAGCCCGACGCGGUCCAGAAAAGAGGCCGACGACGCAAGUCACCCGAGGCUUUCGCCGAGGAGACUGCUGAGGAAGAGGGCCUACGCAGCGUCCGUCCUCGCAUCCAAGGAGACGCCGAGCUGGGCCGCGCCAACAUGCAUGAUGACGGCGACGCGGUGGUCUUUGGCGACGACGACACGGCCCCUGAGAUGGGCCUCGACCCGGCCGUGCCUAUGGAAGAGCGCCAUUCCUCGUCCAUCAUGCCGUGGAUUCGUUCGGCAUCGGCCGCUCGCGUUCAUGGAAGCACUCAGAAACCCGCGCCCGAUCCCAGUCCCCUGCAUGGCCGCGGCAGCGUCCUCAACUCCAUCGAGCGUCACAGCGAUCCAGCAAACCACCCCCUUGGCCCUGCCGCUUUCGAAUCCGCGGACUCGUCCAUCGACUUUGGCGGCGACAUUGGCGCCCUGGACUUCAACCGCGGGAACGACACCCAGGCGUCGCACACCGGAGGCCUCGACAUGGCGAGCCAGGAGUUCCUGAGUUACGCCACCGCGCAUGCCGUGGAAAAGGGCGUCGUUCGCGGCACGGACGACGACGGCGACGAGCGACGCUGGAUCUCGUUCCAAGACCUCGCGAGCCCGGACUCGCACAGCAAGGGCAUCGCCGCGCAGGCAUUCCUCCACGUGCUCUCCCUGGCGACCAAGGGCGUCGUGGCGGUACAGCAGGACGGCACGGAGGCGAAGCAGCCGUUUGGAACAAUUCACAUUGGCGUCACAGUCCAGCCAGCAAGAGAAGAGUCUUGCGACGAACUCGCCUAAGCAUCACUUGCUCUCAGUUUUUAUCUCCUUUUUCUUCUUCUUCUUCUUCUUCUUCUUCUUCUUCUUUUUUCUUUUACGCAACAGCAUCAUCGGGUCGGACUCAGACUUUAAAAUCGACUUGAAACGGGGUGCGGACAUAGUCGAGCGCGCACAGGGAACGCAUCAAGAGUAGUGACAUUUUACGGCGUUCAAGGUUAAAUCGGCCUUCUUUCAUCGAUCAUGGGAGUUAAAGGGAAACAAGCAUCACGGUAUAGCUAUCAUCAGACUUGGGGCCAUGUGUGCCAAACGGAACGAUAUUUUGCUGGGAGGAUUCUUAUUCAACGGGUUGCUAGUGGGUUCGGUUGAAACGUCUACCGGGGAAAGGCCCCAGGAUUUGAAGUUGACAAAAGACGACCGCCAGAGAAGAACAUCUGCGCUC